AUGGCCCGCGAACAGACCUUCAUUGCCAUCAAGCCAGACGGUGUCCAGCGUGGACUCGUCGGUGAAAUCAUCUCCCGCUUCGAGAAGAAGGGCUACAAGCUCGCUGCCCUCAAGCUCUCUACACCAGGCAAGGAGCACCUCGAGAAGCACUAUGAGGAUCUCUCAUCCAAGCCAUUCUUCGCCGGUCUGGUGGAGUACAUGAACUCAGGACCUAUCUGCGCAAUGGUCUGGGAAGGGACUGAUGCCGUCAAGACUGGUCGUGUCAUCUUGGGUGCCACCAACCCUCUUGCUUCCGCUCCUGGCACUAUCCGUGGUGACUACGCCAUUGCUGUUGGCCGCAACGUCUGCCACGGUUCCGACUCUGUUGAGAACGCCAAGAAGGAGAUUGCCCUUUGGUUCAAGCCUGAGGAGGUCCACAAGUGGAACCAGCACUCUGACUCGUGGAUCUACGAGAACUGA